CUUUGCGUCCUAUGAUUUCCAUCUUCGUUGCUCUUUUUCUGCGCCGUUUCUAAGGGGUAGGUUCAAAGUCGUUUUAGGGUUGAGAACUACACUGGCGUCCCUAAGUAAAUACUGCGUUUUGUGUUGAUCAAAUGGAGUAAAAUGAAGGUUGCGUUCAAGUGUCGGACUGUGUUCAAGGGAAGAGUCUCCAUGGAACCGGCGACGCGCAGGGACUGAGUGGAAGGUAGCAGGGAAAAGAGGGAGAAAAGAGCCUGAAAUCCUCCAAAAGAGACUCAAUUCUGGACGGUAUAAACCUGGAGACUCUGGGAAGGCUGUAUUCAUGUAGCUUUGCUGACUUUUGGUGGACUUAAUCGCCAGACUUGGUGCUAACUUGUCAAUGAGGACCCUUUCAGACUCUGGACAGGUGACUACUACUAACUGCCCCAUGGAGAAAUAUGAAAAACUGGCCAAAAUCGGCGAGGGUUCCUAUGGCGUGGUGUUCAAAUGCAGACACAGAGACACCGGGCAGAUCGUGGCCAUCAAGAAGUUUGUGGAAUCUGAAGACGACCCCGUCAUUAAAAAGAUCGCACUGCGAGAAAUCCGUAUGCUGAAGCAGCUCAAACAUGUGAACCUGGUCAACCUGCUGGAGGUCUUCAGGAGGAAAAGACGGCUCCACCUGGUGUUUGAGUUCUGCGAGCAGACCGUCCUCAACGAGCUGGACAAACACCCCCGAGGCGUUCUCGAGGCUCAGCUGAAGAGCAUCGUAUGGCAGACGCUCCAGGCCGUCAACUUCUGCCACAAACACAACUGCAUACACCGGGAUGUGAAGCCCGAAAACAUCCUCCUCACCAAAACCGGGGUCAUCAAACUGUGCGACUUUGGCUUCGCCCGCAUCCUGACUGGACCGGAGGACGACUACACCGACUAUGUGGCCACCCGUUGGUACCGGGCCCCAGAGCUGCUGGUGGGGGACACCCAGUACGGACCCCCGGUGGACGUGUGGGCCCUGGGCUGUGUCUUCGCUGAACUUCUGCACGGAAACCCACUUUGGCCCGGGAAGUCUGACGUCGACCAGCUGUACCUCAUCCGAAAAACUCUAGGUGACCUGAUCCCUCGUCAUCAGCAGGUGUUUCGCUCCAAUGUUUUCUUCAGUGGAGUCAGUAUUCCAGAACCGGACACAACGGAACCUUUGGAAAAACGCUUCCAUGGAGUGUCUCCUCAUGCUCUGCAAGUUAUGAAGUCGUGCCUGGUCAUGGACCCGUCCCUCAGAUUGUCCUGUGAGGAGCUGCUGGAGCUGCCGUACUUCCAGGAGGAGGGAGGAGCUAACUGGGGCCGCGAUGGUGAGCGGCCAGGACGACGGCACGAAAAAGGCUCCCGGCGCAGACAGGCAGGGGCUCAGUACCUGCCUCAGUUACCCAACAGCAACAUCUCCCCAGCACCAGACGUCAAGAAACAGGUGAAGCAUAAAUACCACCUACCCAACAUAUAACAAAGCCACCUUUGGAAUUAAAGAGCAACAAGUUGAUCCGCACAUAUGAGCAAUGGACUUUGUGAAAUAAUUGCAAUACACUCCCAUAUGAAGACACAUUGUAUUGUUGAUUUUAGAGUGAGAGGUGUAUUUGGAUUAUUUGGUCGCUUUAACUUGUGCACAGACAUCCUCAUAGAUUUGAUUCCACAGCCCAUAAUCUGUAUUUAUGCCGCAGGAUACGCACUUCUGACAAUAAAUUAACACAAAAUACAUUAUUUAUAAUCAAUGCUGAGACAACAGUACAGCAUAAGUACUUUUAAGUGAUCGUAAUGUCUUUAAAUGCCACCAGUGUGCCAUCACCAAUUGAUAGAAGUGAAACUGUUUGGUAUUUUGUUUGUUUUCUGGUGCAUUUAUACCACCUGAUGUCUGCGUGAACCACUGUACAUGAGACAUGUACUAAACAUAUCCAUUAAUCCGUUUUAAUCCAUUUUACAGGGUAGUCGACAGAAAGCCAUUGUGUUUUAAUAGAGUUUGUAUUCUAAUAAAUGUUACUAUGAAAUGGAAAGGAUGAUUCCAUUAGUUAACAUUACGUUAGGUUAUGUUUUAGACUUUGUAAUAAAAAAAAACAAAAACUGAUGACAACACUAACAGUACAAUAUAUAAAACUGUAAAAAGUCCAAAACAAUAGUGAAAGGAUCAGAGGGUAAACUUAGGGUACAUUCAGACAGCAGGUCUUAAUGCACAAUUCAGAUUUUUUGGUGAAAUCCGAUUUUUUUAGUGUGUGUGCUCGUUCAUAUUACACAUUAAAUAUGACUUCAAUCAGUUUUGAGUAUGAACU